AUGCAUGCAAACGACACUGUCAAGCGGAACUACGAUACCCUUCAACAUGACAAUGAUGCCCUUCUCAAGGAAAUAAAGCAAUUGAAGGCAAAGUUGCAAGAAGAUAACGCAGGGAGCAAGAAUCCCACCGGGAAAGAAGAGCAACUCUUGGGAAAAGAUCAGAGUUACAAAGUGGUUCAGGAGCGGAGCCAGUCACCGCCACCGCCUCCGGGAUCCUCUGCUCCAGAAACAGAGUGUAACGAGCUCAACUUUGAGAGCUUCAACAACACAAGUGGAGUACUAGAAACCGUCUCAUUGUUCCCAGAUUUCAAAGAUAGCUCUUCAGACAGUGACUCGAGUGCGAUCUUGAACGAAGAUAACAGUCCAAACUUGACUAUGUCUUCAUCUGGCAUCCUUCAAAACCAUCAGCUGAUCAGGUCUCCGGCCUCCACUUCACUCAAAUUCAACUGCUCCUCGUCCUCCUCGCCGUCAUCAUCGUCGAUGAAUUGCUUUCCGUUCCAGAAGAGCUACCAGCCUUUGGUGAAGGUAGAGGAGCACAAUUUCUUUAGCAGUGAGGAGGCCUGUAACUUCUUCUCCGAUGAGCAAGCACCUUCACUUCAGUGGUACUGUCCUGAUCAGUGGAGCUAAAGCAUCAACAAUACAAUCCAUGAAAGUGGAGUUGUGUAUAAAUUAAUGUACUGUGAUC